GCCGGCGAUGCAAAUAAUGGCUCGCAGGAUGAUCAGGGUGCUCCUCGUCGAGGACGAGGAGAUCAACCGGGUCGUGGCGAGAGCGGCUCUGAAGGCGGCGAUGACCGGCGACGGCGGAGACGACGACGACGGGCACGUCCUGGACGAGGCGGAGAACGGGGAGGUGGCGGUGCAGCGGGUGCGGGCGGCGGCGUCGGCGGCGCCGUACGACCUCAUCCUCAUGGACAGGCAGAUGCCGGCCAUGGACGGCCACGAGGCGACGAGGCGGAUCCGGGCCAUGGGGGUGACCACGCCGAUCGUCGCCGUGUCGAGCGACGGCCUCCCCGCCGACGUCGAGGCCUUCAUCGGCGCCGGCGCCGACGACUUCACGUCAAAGCCUCUGACAAAGGAGAAGCUGGGGAAUAUUCUUUCCAAAUUUAGACUUGCCUAACGACCUAUAUAUAUACUGCAAGUGUGUAUGCCUGCUAGAUAAUGUCAAGGCCUCCAAUAAGUGGACUUUAUGCAUUAUAGACGAUCCUUGUGUAAGGAUAAAAAAAAAUUAAGGUGUGUGUAAUUAUUGUCUAAGCUAGUCUGCAACGUAGGAGCAUGCAUGCAUGAGCAUCUUAGCUCUUGUAAAUAUCUGGCUGAUGACCAGCACGGCUUUGUAAUGCUGCGGGAGGCAGAAGUGAUGGGCUUUUAUUACUUAAAUGAAGAUUUGCUGGGCUUAAUGCUCAUCUAUUGGCCUCAUUUGUGAGUACCUCCUUAAUUUAUUGAUGAAAUCCUUGUGUAUGUGAGGAGAGAUUCACGUCGUCUUGGGUUAUUUCUUGAUUUCUUCCUUGUGUAUGUGGGGAGAGCUUCACGCCGUCUUGAGUUCUUGACCGUGCUUGA